AUGUCUUACACCGUCCGCAAGAUUGGCCAGCCCUACACGCUGGAGCACCGUGUCUACAUCGAGAAGGAUGGCGUUCCCGUUUCUCCCUUCCACGACAUUCCCCUCUAUGCCAAUGCCGAGAAGACCAUCUUGAACAUGGUCGUUGAGAUUCCUCGCUGGACCAACGCCAAGCAGGAGAUCUCCAAGGACGAGUUCCUCAACCCCAUUAAGCAGGACACCAAGAAGGGCAAGCUGCGCUUCGUCCGCAACUGCUUCCCCCCACAAGGGCUACCUUUGGAACUACGGUGCCUUCCCUCGCCAUCACCCACACAUGGCACCAUUCCUUUCGAAAGCGGGGUCGAUUUGGAGCAUCGGUUAAUCAACAUUCAACAGACCUGGGAGGACCCCAACUCCGUUCACCCGGAGACCAAGGCUAAGGGCGACAACGACCCUCUGGAUGUUUGCGAGAUUGGUGAGCUGGUCGGCUACCCCGGUCAGGUCAAGCAGGUUAAGGUUCUCGGUGUCAUGGCCCUGAUCGACGAGGAGGAGACCGACUGGAAGAUCAUCGUCAUCGACGUCAACGAUGCUCUUGCCCCCAAGCUCAACGACAUUGAGGAUGUCGAGCGUCACCUGCCCGGUCUGAUGCGUGCCACUAACGAGUGGUUCCGUAUCUACAAGAUCCCUGACGGCAAGCCCGAGAACCAGUUCGCUUUCUCUGGCGAGUGCAAGAACAAGAAGUACGCCGAGGACGUCAUCCACGAGUGUGCUGAUGCUUGGGAGAAGCUCAUCACCGGCAAGACCGCUGCUGGUGAUAUCAGCCUCGCCAACGUCGAGACCACCGAGGGUAGCGCUCACCGCGCCGACCAAGGCAAGCUUGCUGCUAUCCCUGCUGGCCAGGACCUUCCUCCUGCUCCUAUCGAUGGCAGCAUCGACAAGUGGUUCUUCAUCUCUGGCGCUGCCGUCUAA